UGAAAACCCCUGGACGAUCCCAAAUAUACUGUCAAUGGCAAGAAUGGGUUUGGCACCAGUUUUGGGCUAUUUGAUUGUUGAAGAAAACUUCAAUGUCGCACUAGGUGUCUUCGUUUUGGCUGGCGUAACGGAUCUGUUGGAUGGAUUUAUUGCACGAAACUGGGCUAAUCAGAAAUCAGCUUUGGGAAGUGCUCUCGAUCCUCUGGCUGAUAAAAUUCUCAUCAGCGUGCUCUACGUAAGCCUAACCUGUGCGAAUCUUAUCCCAGUUUCACUUACUGCCAUGAUUAUUAUGAGGGAUGUAGCGCUCAUUGCUGCUGUUUUUUAUGUGCGAUACAAAACUCUUUCUCCACCGAGAACACUCAGUAGAUAUUUUAACCCUUGUUAUGCUACUGCCCAGUUAAAGCCAACAUUCAUUAGCAAGAUGAAUACAGCAGUUCAGCUAAUCUUGGUGGCAGCUUCUUUAGCAGCUCCUGUUUUCAAUUAUGUGGACAGCAUAUACCUGCAGACAUUAUGGUGCAUCACAGCUUUCACCACGGUAACAUCUGCGUACAGCUAUUACCACUAUGGCCGAAAAACGGUUCAGGUGAUAAAAACCAAAUGAAGUGUUACUGGAAGGACCAGGUCUUGGCAGCGUGGUGUGCUGUAGUGCUGAAGACGGUUGUGUUGCAGCUGAGUUUUGCAUCAAGAACUCUGCUUUUUUCUGCUUAAACCAUGGCAUCACAAUGAAGUGAAGUUUGAACAUGUGUAUAUAGAGAGAGACUUUUCAAUGUAUUUUUAAUUUGUUUAAAACUAACGUUGUUUACAAAAACAAAUAAAUAGUAUUCUUAAA